GGUCCCGUGAUGGGUCGAAUACACGAAACAUUUAAACAAACACGUGGUGGACAGAGAAGAAGGUGGCGUAACAUAACUUGUGAGUGAUUUGCGUUGGAGGUUGAGAAUGGAUGCGAUGGAAGAGAGUGAGACAGGGAAAGGGAGUGUGAGCUUAGAGGGAGAGAAGGUGAUAUUGGUCCCUUACAUGGAAGCCCAUGUCCCCAAAUAUCACCAAUGGAUGAAGGACCCUUCUCUCCUUCAGGCCACUGCCUCCGAUCCUCUUACCCUUCAGCAGGAGUACCAAAUGCAGCUCUCAUGGUUCCAAGACCCUUCCAAGGAGACCUUCAUUGUACUGGACAAGGACUUGGUUGUUGGACAAUUCUCGCACGGGGAACCCCACCUCGAAGCCAUGGUUGGUGAUGUAAAUCUGUUCAUGAAUGAUUUGGAUGAUCCUCACGUGGCAGAGGUUGAAAUAAUGAUUGCAGAACCAAAGAGCCGUAGGAAGGGACUUGGGAAGGAGUCUGUUCUGAUGAUGAUGACCUUUGCUAUCGAGAAGUUAGGAAUUAAUAUGUUUCUGACUAAAAUUGCAGACUCAAAUGGAGCAUCCCUUGACAUGUUCAAAAAAUUGGUUUGGGUUUGUGCAAACUUCAUAUAGCAACAUCUUCAAGGAGGUCACUUUGGAGUUGCAAGUAACACAGCCCAAGAAAGAGGAGAUGCUUGGUUUAAUGAAAAUGAUAAUCAAACAUACAUAAAAGUAGCAAUAUCACUUCCAGUUUAUUUAAUGGUAAUAGAAUGAUAUCUUCUGUUGCUAUACUUGUUUUGUGAUGUCCGGUUAAAGUGUAACUAUGCUAAAUUCUGACAUUAUUCAUAUAACUCUAACCCUGUCUAAGUGUAAUAAUCUGGAGCUAUAUUAACGGCGAAGGUAUUUAGCGUGUUUAUGUUUUUCUUUU